CGCGGAUUCACCUACAAAAACGCCUUUCGAAUGUACACAAACCCGCAUGCAUUCAGAAGCCUCCGAACGUGUACGAUUUCUGCAAUCGGUUUUCUCCAACUUUUUAUCAACUUAGAAGCAUAAUCUGCUGGAAUGCAGUAAAGUUCAUCUGACAAAAAACUACUAGAAAAGGAUGAAGAAAGUCAAUGAAGUUCAACAGGAAACUUCGGGAAAUGCAGCAGGUCCUGAUGCACAGGCUGUAAAGAAGAAAAAGAGGAGAGGAAAAAGAAAGAAGAAGGUAGUUGCAACGGUAACAAAUGGGGCAGCCCAGGAGCAAACGAAAAAGAAGAAGAGGAAGAAGAGGGGCAAGAAAAGAGCAAGAACCAAUAGUGCUGGGGAAUCCGUUGAUGGGAUGCAGUCAGCCGGAGGACAAGCAGGAACAGACCCACAGGUAAACUCCCCAGAAGCCAAGGGAAAGAAAUUGAAGAAAUCAAAUGAUAACGACAAUACCAGUGGACCAUUAGAAACUGUGGGAAAAGAGAAAUUGAAGGUAAAUAAUCAAGAUAUGCUAGUGGAAAGUAAGGGAAAGAAGAAAUUAAAGGUAAAUGAUGAAGGUGUUCCAGUGGAAGGCAAAGGGAAAAAGAAAGCGAAGAAAGUAAAUAAUGAAGCUAUGCCAGUGGAAGCCAAGGGGAAAAAGAGGGAGUUAGAGGAGGAAAAUGAUGAAUGUGAACUAGUGGAUGUGAAAAAGACAGAAAAGGACAAGGAUGGCAAAACAUCUGUCAAAAAGAAGAAAAUUAAUGCCGACAAAGAAGGCAAAGUUGAUGUCCCUGAGGCAAGUAGUGAGACAAAGGAAAUGGAAAACAAAAAUAAUGAAAAAGUGGUGUUCGAGAAAAAACUCAAGAAAAAGAAGAAGAUGAAAAAGUCAAAGCAGAAUCAAGUCAGUACAAACAGUACAGCAGAAGAUGGGGCACAGGAUCCUAGGGGGACAGAGGAAGAUGAACCCCCAGUAAAUAAAGCAAAGGAUUUGACAGCAGAACCUGAGAGCUCUGAACCACAAAGACCAGAAGGGGACGUGGGAACUCCGACUAAAAAGAAGAAAAAGAAGAAAAAGAAGCCUACAUCCGGAGCAGUGAGCUUAAGUACUGCAUACAGCGAUCUUACCAACAAGAAUGAGAUCAAGAAACAUUGGACCGAAGAUGGGGCACCGCUUAAGAGAGAUAAUGGUUUAGAAAUAAUUAAGACGCCAUUCACCUGUGGUUACCUGCCUGGUUUUCUGGAGAAUGCUGACAUAUUGAAGAGCAUUGAGGAGGAACUGAAGGACAUUCCCCCUCUUAAGAAGAAUAAUGAUUUGUACAAGUUUACACAGACUCCAGAUCUGAAGUCAUCGGACAAGCCCCACAUUUUGCGCCUUCGAAAUUUCUUGUAUGGGAACUUCAGGAAGUGGUUGACAGAUGUGACUGGCAUACCACUGAAUGAGACGGUCGACAUGGGUUCCUCUACCUAUGAGCAUACAGAUGUGUUGUUAUGCCACGAUGAUGAACUGGAAGGUCGUCGCAUAGCCUAUAUCCUGUACCUGGUGCCAGCAUGGGAAGCAAGUGAUGGUGGCACUCUUGAUCUCUUCGACACUGACAGUACGUGUGGCCAGGUUUUUUUUUCUCAUCCUUUUGGCUGUUUUUGGUCUCAUUAUGCUCAGUUAUUCUUUUACGUCUUGUAUUCUUACAACUCAGUCAUAUCAAGAAAGACAUUUAAGCACCAGACAUUAUUAACAUUAUGUGCAGGAUCUACUAGAUGGAUGAUUUCUGUAAUCCUUAUUCUAGUAGUGAAAGUUUUCAUUGUAGCUAUCAUAGAGAGACAAGAUGGUCUUGUUGUUACUCGCGAUAAGACUCGCCUUUCCAUCAACGGCUGGUUCCAUGGUCCUCCCAUUGAUAGACCUCCUAAGUAUGAGGAGCCACCAAGACCAUUCCUGUGUCCCAAGCAUGUAGAGGAAGAUGUACUGUACAGCUGGAUCAACCCAGCCUACCUGGAAGAAAGCACACAGAAGACAAUCCGAAAAAAGUUUGGCACAGAUUCAGAGAUAGAACUAGAAAGUUUUUUGACAGAGGAGAAGUAUGAGGCACUUAGUAGAGCUCUUAAAGACCAAGGAUUGAAGUGGAAGAGAACAGGACCUGCGAAUAAGAACUCCUAUCAGGUGUUGACCAACAAGCAACCAGAAGUGCUCAAGGAGUGCUUGUCUGUCCUACAGUCUGAGGCCAUGUUCCUUAUCCUGUCUCAGCUGACUGGUCUCUCUCUACACAAGCUUGCUCCACCUGACUCUGAGCCAGACAGUGAUGAAGAGGACGAAGAGAAAGAGCCAAACCCACGGCUAAGAGUUCGUGUGGGGCACUGGAGCCAUGGUUCCUACACCCUCAUCAGGGACAGCGAUGCGGAGGAGCAGGAGAGUGCCCUGGACGCUACUCUCUUUGUGUGUGUGUCUGACAAGUGGACGGAAGACCUGGGAGGGUACAACAGCUAUAUCAGCAAGGAUGAGGAUGCGGAGUUGCUGAGUGUACUGCCUCGUUCCAACUGCUUUGCCCUUGUCUACCGUGAUGCUGAGACCCUCAAGUUCACGAAGCACAUCAAUGCAGGUGUCUUGGAUCUUGAGGAGGAAGACAGACACUACUUUGAUGUAAACUGCAAAUACUAUGAGUAAUACAGUUAACAAGGUUGUUAUUUA